AUGAGUUAUGGCAUAAACAAUAUCCGCGAUUUCCUCAUUAACGCCAAUCCUGCCCUCAUGGCUCUGGCCAACAACGAGCACCUGCGCAACCACGCGCUUAGGCGCUUCGAUCGCGACCCUCCCCCUUACGAAUCCUCGACCGAGUCGGAAGAGGCAGACCAAGAAGCCACUCUAAAACAGCGCGUCGGGUGA